AUGGCUGCAGAGGCGGCGAGCAAGAAGGCAGAGCGCGAGGCACUGCGAGGCGUCAUCCAACAAUGGAACGCCAACAGGCUGGACCUAUUCGAGCUCUCGGAGCCAAACGAGGAUCUCGAGUUUCACGGGGUCAUGCGCUUUUACUUUCAAGACAGCGGCCAGAAGGUUGCGACCAAGUGCAUAAGAGUCGCCUCAGACGCGACGACGCAGGCUGUCAUCGAGACGCUCAUCGAGAAGUUCCGCCCGGACAUGCGGAUGCUCUCCGUGCCCGAGUACGCCCUCUACGAGAUCCACGAGAAUGGGGUUGCGUUUGCGUGGGGUGCAUCAAAUAAAAUAACAAAAAUUAUUUAUAAUGUCAACGGAGAAAAUGCGAACGGAAACGCGCAUCAGGAAUACAUUCUCGACGAUGACGAGUGUCCCCUGGCGAUUCUCAUGAAUCAUUCGUCCACGCGAG